AUGACUGGUGAGGUAUAUGCUUUGCAUGUGGCGUUUUCGUAUGGUCGUGUGGACGUGGCUGAGGUGCUGCUUGCUCAUCCCCGCUGCUUGCUACUAAAGUCUGAGCACUGCAUUGAUCCUGUUGAGCUCCUUUGCCAGCCUCUCAAACCUGAGUGGGAAGCGAUGCUAACUGCCUCAGAUGUCUACCUAAAUCACCUUCUCGUUGAACGGGCCGAGCAACUGCGUCGUGCGGAAGAUUGGGAAGGGGCAGAAGCUUUGUACACGGAAGUGCUCCAACGAAAACCGGACAGUGAACACGCACAUAGUGGAUGGGCAAAAAUGCAUUAUGAUCAAGGAUAUGUGGCGGACUGCAUUCAUUUGUGUGAUGGCAUGAUUUCAGGUACUACCAUAGUGGAUUGGAAUGAAAUCAAUUUGGAGACUAUUAAGGCAUUGCGUGAAACAGCUGUAGAACGAUAUCACGAGUACUACCAUGUGGUUAGGACUGAAGGAGUCCUCAAGGCAUGUGGCUGCGUUAUUCUUGAUGGGGUACGUGUUCCUAUUAGAAGAUUACCCUUUUCUAUUCUAGUUGAUAACGUAUUUGUCUUUUGUGAUGCUGUGACUCUGUGGAAUAUUUCAAGGUGCACGCAGAUGCCACUGUUGUGUACUGUGGCAGAAAAACUUGCAGUCGUUUUACCCAAAUGGUGUCUCCAGACGCUUUUAAUGAGUGAGCCCGGCUUUCAAGAAAUGUCUGAGCAACUCCUCAGCCAGUUGCCCUCUUCUGUGGGUUCAUUGCUGGUAGCAAAUGUACGUCCCUUAGGGGUUGAGGUUAUGGCUAUGGCGGACUUCAACAUGUUUCUUGUCCGUGCAUAUGCUGCGGGGUUAUCGGCAAAGGCGGUUAAAACUGGUUCCUCUGGACCAUCGCUCUUUGGCUUCAGACGCAAACAGCCAAAGAAGGGUUAUCAGUUGUCCAACGAAUCCGCGGAAGUUGCAAUCAGUAAACACUAUCGUAUUCACCGCUUGAGAGUAGAGGAUCCUUGGUGUACGAAGGAGGUUGGGGAGUGGGAGGUGGACGCAAUUUCAGUAGAAACGCUGGAGGCACAGUUGCUGCAAGCGAAGACAGCUUGCCGUUGA